AUGGAUGCUGCGGCAUGUCGUCGGCUUCAGCACCGCAUGGAGUCCCAUGGCAGGGCGGCUAGCUGCCAAACAUCAUGCAAUAUAUGUGGUUUCCACUGCAGCUGCCCGCCACAUGUGCAGCACGAGGGACACAGGGGUGAUGACGUUUUUCGUGGCUGCUGUGGUGCUGGUGAUGGACACCUGAAUCGUGGCGCGUCGUUUUUGCUGCCCUCUACUGCCCAGGCUUGGUUGCUACAGCUGGUGGAAGGCGCGGAAGUGGACAUCACCGAUGGUGGAACAGAUCACCGGCGACGUAUAUCGUGCUGCUGUUCUUGUUGUCAUGGGUAUCAUCACUUGUUUCACACACGAAACGGUGGUACAGCUGGUGUUCCUUUGAAGCCGCGGGAACGUGAGAAGGUUGAAAGGGGGGAAGUGUUGAUGGAAACAUGCACGAGGCGCACAUGCUCUCCAGAAAGAACGUCAACCACAUUGCCCACCGCCACGUCGGCGGCGCACCCUUACCCAGAUGUCACAGCGAACGGUGUGGGAGAGACCACAGUGGCCGGGAGCGCGCACGGCGCCCAGCAGGAUCUGCCAUUCAAGCCGUCCAAGUCAUCCUUGACACUGGCUCCGUUAAUUCGGCUUGCCGAAUCCACACCCUCGCGCGCGCCCGCUGCGGGCGAUAAUAGAAGCGCUGAGAGGGGCGGCUAUGGCCAAGCCCGUCCUGGCAUUUUGCCACACGAGUACGGAGGCCCAUCAGAGGGGAGUAUUGAAGUGCGUCAACCAGCGUGCGCAUUUACGCACACUUCUUUUCUUCCCGUUCCUCGUUCAUCAGACCAAUCAGCGCCACCGCAGAGUUUGAGGUCAGUUGAGCUUUCAGUCCCUGUGUCAGCACCGCCACAACCGCCAUCUUCGACAGGGCCAGCAAUGGCCGGCACAGAUAAGGAUGCUCCAAAAACAACCAUUGAUGCAGUUGCCGCUGCGCAACAUACGCACGCCUACGGGAUUGCACCGGUCGUCCCCACUGGCAACCUGUCACUCGGAAGUUUGCCGGUUCUCACUGAGCUAGCUCCGGUGCCGAGGCCCGACAGUUCACAGAGAGUCGGGUCAUCCCUUUCCGGUACUGUCCCACUACCGCCACGCCAAGUGUCCUUUUUGGAAUCAUCUGUUGUCCCACAAAGCCCAGUCCCACAUCUCUUGGCAACACCCGUUCUGCAGCCAACCGUACAAGACACCCCAGUGAGGACGGCGGCAUCUCAAAUGGCUUCGGUGACGGGGCCAGAGGCUCCAGCUCUGACUCCUGUGACAACCUCCAAUGUGCAGCCAACUCCGGCAGUGGUGUCUCCUGAGCCUACAUCCACCGAUGUGAUCAAUGCGCUGCGGGAAAAGUUGUUGUUGGAAAAGGCUGACGCCUAUGUGCGUGGUUUGGAGCGGCAGCAGGAGGAGCGUUUGGCUCAAGAAGAUGAGAGACAGCGUUCAAAAAAUUAUGCACAUGUAUUGGAGCUGUUUGCCCGCCUCUGUCAGGAGGAUCGCGAACUACUUGAGGCGAUGUAUGAAAGCAGCAUGCAUCCGGUGGAGGCCUCUCCGCCCAGCCCGGCCUUUGUCGGGCAAAGCCCUUCUUCUCCACAAGAAGGGAUGGGGACCACAACACCCUCUCAACCCAAGUCGCCACCGCUUCCAGAGGAAGUGAUGGCGGCUUACAAGGUGGGUGCAGGGAACAUGGUGCCGUCGGUGUCACAACCGCAGCCCACAGUGCCAACGCAGGUGGAAUUACCACCCCCGCUACCGCCACCGCCGGUCGUCGUUACCGCGCCACCAACUCCACAAAUAUCAGCCGCCACAGCUUUACCGACACCUCAGUCGCGACACGUUCCGCCAGAAGCACCUCCAUUGAUAUCUACGGCAGUACCAUGGGGAGCGGCAGAUGGAACGAUGAAGGCAUGGGUGGACCAGCACUUUGGGUCUUCUUUGGAUCCACAGCACCGUGCGCUCUUGCAACAUGUUUUGCUUUCCAGAGAGGCAGAGAUAAGACGGGUGGCCGCUGCAGAAUCCCAAUGUAAAAAACUUGAGGCGCAACGCGUUGAUGCAACAAACUCCGGUGUGCCGUUGGGCGCUGAAGAAUGUGCUCGAACGAAUUUGAAUCAAUGGCAACAGGAGCAUAAUAUAGAGUUGACAAGAGCGCACGAUCAAUUGCAUGCAAGGGAAGAAGAACUCAUUGCACUCCGAAAGGCCCAGGAAGAGCAGAAAGCGAAGUUGGACGAGCUUACACGAUCCAUGCAAAGCCAUUCCGUGCUGUUGGGAGGUGUGAGCGCUGGCGAGGAAACGGAUGAGUUGCGUCGAUGGAAAAUGCGAUGCGACGCUGUCGAGCAACAGCACCGAUUUAGUGUUCAACGCCUGGAGGAACUACAAGCAUAUAUUGAGCAGCUACGCAAUGGUGCUCAGAAGGCAGUCAUGAAUGUCGCUUCCUCCGGUGCGACCGCUCAACCCGUGCCAUCAGACACAACAACUGUACCCCUGUCUUCUGUGAAUGCCUCGCCGCCACAGAGCUAUUCGGAAACAGUUACACCGUACGAAAGUGUAUCUUUUGGCAAGCCUCCUACGGUCCCUAGUUAUUCGGCACCGCCAUACAUGGCUGGUGGUGCGUUCGCUGCCGCGUCGACACGGCGAGAGAGUCCGGUCACAGGUGCAUUGAAUUCACCCCAGCCUCGUUCGGAUGCCGUUAGUCCUUCCACUGCUAGCAUGGAGCGGGCGGCAGCGUUGAAGCAGCUUCGUGAGGAGAUGGAUGUGGAAUGUAGUCGAUUUGCCCACGAGACACAACGCUGGCAGGAGUACGUCAAGCAUCAAGAAGAGAGAUGGUUACAGCUGCGCCGCCAGUGA